AUGCCUUCUUCAAAGGGAAAAAAGUAUUCAAAGACCCAAUCAAAGUUGUCGAAUUCUAACAAGUUUUCUUCACCUGGAUCACUUGAUUUUGAAGAUACUGAAGAGAGUUUUGCAGGCUCUCUUGAACUAGCUUCGGUUAAAUUCCCAUGUCUGAUUGGGAACUCUGCUUUCAUUGGCCGAGUCACUGAUGUUCAGGACGACCCCAAAAGCCGUAAAAUUUGGCUUUCUGAGCCUUCCAUGGUUGCCUCUUCCUUCACUCCUGGAUCCAUUGUAUCGGUGUCUCUUCCAUGUUUGAAGAGUAGAUUGUCAGAUGGAUUUCCUCUUAGCUCACUAGCAGAUGAAUGUGCUAGACGUUGUGGGGUUGAUUCUUGUGGGCAGUUAACCGAUGACGCAGGGAACUACUUUGCUCUUGCAACGAUUUUUCCUUCUUCUAAGGUUACAAAGAACGGAGUGCUAUUGUCUUCAAAUAUUUCAAAUACAAUGGGUUGUCCUCCAUCAGGCAGGGUCAUAUUCAUCCACUCUGUACAAAAUCAUUCCCAAGCUGGUCUUUUGUAUGAUACAAAAGAAGCACGUAGCACUAAAGUUGAUUGCCUCUCGGUAUACGACUGCGAGGAGUUAGUUUUGGAGGUGCUUCAUUCUAACAAUAGAUUGAUUAUGAACAAUACCUCUGCCAACUUUUCUUCUGAAAAAUCUUGCUAUCGUUCUGAAAAUGGAAUGCUUGCAUCCCCUAAGACACCAUUGGAUCAAUCAAAGCUAAGUGUUUCUGAUACCAGUCCAGUAACUUCACCACGACGUGGGGAGUCAGUAGGAAAUGUAACCAUUCCCAAUGAGUCAUGUGUUGAUUCUUUUGAUAUUGAAGAGGUUUUAAGGGAUGACAGUACAAAAAGACUUUUGCAGACAUGUGCUACAACAUGGUUGUAUUCUCGCUGUCUACUUAUUGGAAAUGUUGUGACCAUCCCAAUGCUUUCACAGCUUUGUUUACUCCGAGUGAUUGGUGCUAAAACUUUGUCAAAGAAUGAGGCUUCUGAACUAGUGGGCGGUGAAAAUGAUGCAUUUCUAGUGAAGCCAGAAACGAAAGUAUGUUUUCAUUUGCCAUCAAACCCAGCCAAUAAUCUAUCUACAGGAGAUAACAUUUCAAGAUUGGGCGGUCUUUCUGAAGAAUAUGCAGUUUUGAAGGAAAUCAUAAUUUCAUCUGCUACAGACUCUUUGUCAAGCUAUGAUUUUCGACCUAUAAGGGGAGUGGUUCUUCAUGGUCCGCCUGGUACUGGAAAGACUUCUUUGGCUCGAUUAUGUGCCCGUGAUUCUGGCAUCAAUUUUUUCUCUGUCAAUGUACCUCAAAGUGAGCAAGAUUUGAUUGAAGUUUUCGACUCAGCUAGACGGGCUGCACCUUCUGUGGUAUUCAUUGAAGAGAUUGAUGCUAUUGCACCUGCAAGGAAAGAUGGAGGUGAAGAGCUAUCUGAAAGAAUAGUUGUUACACUGAUGACAUUGAUGGAUGGGAUUAGUAGAACUGAAGGAGUAGUUGUAAUUGCUACUACCAACACGCUUGAUAGCAUUGAUCCUGCACUCAGACGAGCUGGAAGAUUUGACCGGGAAAUUGAAAUAGGUGUGCCAUCUCCCAACCAACGUUUGGAGAUACUUCAUGUUCUUGUCGGUGACAUGGAGCACUCUCUUUCAGAGGAGCAAGUCCAAGAUCUUGCUAAUGCUACACAUGGUUUCGUCGGAGCUGAUCUAGCUGCCCUUUGUGACGUGGCAUCCUUCAAUUUUCUUAGGCGCAAUGUCAAAUUUAAAUACCCAAAAGAUACAACACACGUAUCAAGGGAUUAUUCAGAUUCCACAUGUUCAACUGUCUCACAUUCCAAGGGAACAAAUGCAAAUGGUGAUAAUUUUCUGAAUGGCAUAGAAGAAGAAUGUGUCUUCAAAGUGUCUUUUGAAGAUUUUGAAAAGGCCAGGAUGAGAGUGGGGCCCAGUGCCAUGCGAGAGGUAAAACUUGAGAUUCCGAAGGUUAAUUGGGAAGAUGUUGGUGGUCAAAGGGAGGUCAAAAAUAAGUUAAUGGAAGCUGUAACAUGGCCCCAAAAACACCAGGAUACAUUUAAGCGGCUAGGGCAAUGGCCCCCAGAAGGGGUUCUGAUGUAUGGUCCUCCUGGAUGCAGCAAAACCCUCAUGGCUCGCGCUGUAGCUUCUGAAGCACGGAUGAAUUUCCUUGCUGUGAAGGGUCCAGAACUUUUUAGCAAAUGGGUUGGUGACUCUGAGAAGGCUGUGAAAUCCCUGUUUGCAAAGGCAAGGGCUAAUGCCCCAGCAAUCAUAUUCUUUGAUGAAAUUGACGGUCUUGCUGGUAUUCGUGGGAAGGAAAGUGAUUCAGUUUCAGAUAGGGUUAUAAGUCAUCUGCUUGUUGAAUUGGAUGGUGUGCAUGCAAGAGAUAAUGUCACUGUUAUUGCUGCUACAAAUAGGCUGGACAAGAUCGAUAGUGCCCUUCUAAGACCAGGCCGCUUUGAUUUGCUGCUAAAUGUGGGACCCCCAGAUGAGCCCGAUCGGGAAGAGAUAUUUCAUAUUCAUCUACGCAAGAUUCCAUGCAGUUCUGAUGUCAACAUAUAUGACCUUGCUCGUCUUUCAGAAGGCUGCACUGGCGCUCAUAUAUCGUUCAUCUGCCGACAAGCAGCCGCUGCAGCUUUUAAGGUUGAUGGUUCCUAA